AAUGGCUGCCCACUCGGCGGCAAAGGCCAUCAACACCCAGGAAAUCACCGACAAGGCGCGACGCGAGCUUCUGCUCCUCCUCGAAAGCGUUCGCGGCAAGAAAAACCUCGUCAUUGAGAAGUCUCUGGCCGGCACCGUGGGCCUCUUCGUCAAGUUCAGCACUCUCCAGGAAUAUGGCGUGGACAAGCCCUUUUUCCUCGAGAACCACAACAUCGACUCCAGCCAGCGCAACAUUGUCUUUGUGGUGCGAGGAGAGAAUGCAAAGAAGAUUCGCAUGGUAGCUGAACAGAUCAAACUCGUCCGAAGUGAGAGCAAGAUUGAUCAUGACUUUACCAUCAUAUGGGUGCCUCGUCGCACCCUGGUCAGCAACAUGAUCUUGGAAGAACAUGGAGUUCUCGGUGAAGCCAACAUCACAGAACUACAUCUCCACUUCGUAUCUCUAGAGCCAGAUCUUCUAUCCCUCGAGCUGGAUGAUGCCUUUAGUGGUCUCUGCUUGAGGAAAGAUCCGACCAGUGUCUUUGCUGCUGCCAAGGCACUCAUGCUUCUGCAGAAGCAGUAUGGCCUCUUUCCUCGAAUCCUAGGCAAAGGCGAUAAUGCCAAGCGUUUAGCAGAUUUGCUACAGAAGAUGCGGAACGAGGAAGACGUGAAUGCUUCGUCUGACUCAAGUAAUACGUAUCUGACUGCUUUUGGACUCACGCCUUCCUCGUUGAUUGAGAACCUGAUCAUUAUCGACCGGGAAGUCGACCUCCCUACUGUACUUUCCACACAGCUCACAUACGAAGGACUGCUGGACGAGGUGUUUGGCAUCACCAACAACACCACCGAGGUAGACUCUUCGAUCCUCGGUGGCGCCCCUCCCGCACAUUCGCAGAAUGGGUCCACGCCUGCGCCUACCGCUGCAACCAAGCGAAAAGUCGUGCUGGAUUCUAGCGAUAAAUUAUACCCUGAUCUGCGGGAUACCAACUUUGCCACUGUCGGCCCCACCCUCAACCGCAUCGCACGUCGUCUCGCCACCGAUAGCGAAACCAUGCACAGCAAAGACCAGACCGUCGCAGAUUUGAAGAAUGUUGUGGCGAAAUUGCCGUCAUAUCAAGCGGAAUCAGCGAGCUUGAAGAUUCAUACCAGUCUCGCAGAAGAGAUUAUGAAAGUCACUCGCGGCGAGUCCUUUGGCCGGAUGCUUGAAGUACAGCAGAAUCUCCUCGCGGGCACGGAUGCGACAGCAUUGCACGAGAAUAUCGAAGAACUCAUCGCUCGGAAUACGCCACUUAGCACGGUCUUACGAUUACUUUGCCUCGAGAGCUGUCUGUUCAAUGGCCUCCGUCAACGGGACCUCGAUCACUUCAAACGACAGAUUCUCCAAGCGUAUGGCUAUCAACACGCACUGACUCUCGCCAGCCUCGAAAAGAUGGGUCUCCUGGUUCCUCGCGAGAGCCACCGAGGCUACCUCAACCCCAUGGCAGGCGCAGUAGGCCAAAGCGCGACCGACUGGAAUAGCGUUCGCAAAGGCCUUCAGCUCUGGACAGAUGAAGUGCAAGAAGCAGACCCCACCGACAUCGCCUACGUCUUUUCCGGAUAUGCGCCUCUCAGCGUUCGCCUCGUACAAUGUAUCCUGCAGAAAUCCUCACUCCACCAACUCCUCACCAACGCGUCCAAAACCGGCGGCACCGCAGCGCCCUCGGGCGCCGCAACAGGCUGGAAAGGGUUCGAAGAAGCCGUCGCACGAAUCCGAGGUGCCACGGUCGACGUGACACAAAAGGGCAGUGAUGCCGACGCGUCGCACGCGCGAAAGACGUUGCGAGGCAGUAAAGAAGGGCCUCGAAUCUCCAUUGUCUUUUUUCUCGGUGGGGUCACGUAUGCGGAGGUGGCGGCUUUGCGGUUUGUGAAUGAGCAGUUGGAGAGGAGCGGUGGCGGGAAUGGGAGAAGGAGAAUUGUUAUUGCGACGACGAAUAUUUUGAAUGGGGAACGAGCGGUUGAGGUUGCAGUGGAGAAGAGGACGUUUGUAGCGUAGAGGAACAGAUUAUUAGCCUACGGUAGGUAUCGAUGGACCCAAGAUACUGGUACCGACUUGCAGAUGUAUCCAACGUUUUAUUGAAGAUGAUUCCA